CUCGCCAGCCGCUGCACCCGAACCUGGCCGCGACUGAGGGGCUCCUGCGGACUCUCCCGGUGCAGUCUCCGACUCCUGCCUCGGCCUCCUCGGCCACGCCGCCCGCCCCAGCGCCUCUCUCCAGGGCCCUGCGCCGCUCUCCGCUCCCUGCGCCCCCGCUCUCCGCCGCUGCACCGGCGCCCACACAGGCUCCCCCGCUGGGCACAAACCAGCUCCACCAUGGGGCUGGCCUGGGGACUCGGUGUCCUGCUCUUGUUGCAAGUGUGUGGCACCAACCGUAUUCCAGAGUCUCGGGGAGACAACAGCGUGUUUGACAUCUUUGAACUCACCGGGGCUGCCCGCAAGGGCUCUGGGCGUCGACUGGUAAAGGGCCCUGACCCUUCCAGCCCAGCUUUCCGCAUUGAGGAUGCCAACCUGAUCCCCCCUGUGCCUGAUGACAAGUUCCAAGACCUAGUGGAUGCUGUGCGGACAGAGAAAGGUUUCCUGCUCCUGGCCUCCCUGAGGCAGAUGAAGAAGACUCGAGGCACACUGCUGGCCCUGGAGCGGAAAGACCACUCUGGCCAGGUCUUCAGCGUGGUCUCCAAUGGCAAGGCAGGCACCCUGGACCUGAGCCUGACCGUGCAGGGGAAGCAGCAAGUGGUGUCAGUGGAAGACGUGCUCCUGGCGACCGGCCAGUGGAAGAGCAUCACCCUGUUUGUGCAGGAGGACAGGGCCCAGCUCUAUAUUGACUGUGAGAAGAUGGAGAAUGCUGAGCUGGACGUCCCCAUCCAAAGCAUCUUCACCAGGGACCUGGCCAGCAUCGCAAGACUCCGCAUCGCAAAGGGAGGUGCCAAUGACAAUUUCCAGGGGGUGCUGCAGAAUGUGAGGUUUGUCUUUGGGACCACGCCAGAAGACAUCCUCAGGAACAAAGGCUGCUCCAGCUCUACCAAUGUCCUCCUCACCCUCGACAACAACGUGGUAAAUAGUUCCAGCCCUGCCAUCCGCACUAACUACAUUGGCCACAAAACAAAAGAUCUGCAAGCCAUCUGUGGCAUCUCCUGUGCCGAGCUGUCCAACAUGGUCCUGGAGCUCAGAGGCCUGCGUACCAUCGUGACCACGCUUCAGGACAGCAUCCGCAAAGUGACUGAAGAGAACAAAGAGUUGGCCAUUGAACUAAGAAGACCUCCCCUCUGCCAUCACAACGGCCUUCAAUAUAGGAAUAAUGAUAAAUGGACUGUUGAUAGCUGCACUGAAUGCCACUGCCAGAACUCGGUUACCAUCUGCAAAAAAGUGUCUUGCCCCAUUAUGCCCUGCUCCAAUGCCACAGUGCCUGAUGGAGAAUGCUGCCCACGGUGUUGGCCCAGCGAUUCUGCAGAUGAUAGCUGGUCUCCAUGGUCCGAGUGGACCUCCUGCUCCACGACAUGUGGCAAUGGAAUCCAGCAGCGUGGCCGCUCCUGCGACAGCCUCAACAAUCGAUGCGAGGGCUCCUCGGUUCAGACACGGACCUGCAACAUUCAGGAAUGUGAUAAGAGAUUUAAACAGGAUGGUGGCUGGAGCCACUGGUCCCCCUGGUCAUCUUGUUCUGUGACUUGUGGUGACGGUGUGAUCACAAGGAUCCGGCUCUGCAACUCUCCCAGUCCCCAGAUGGAUGGGAAACCAUGCCAAGGUGAAGCACGGGAGACCAAGGCCUGCAAGAAGGAUGCCUGCCCAAUCAAUGGAGGCUGGGGUCCCUGGUCACUUUGGGACAUCUGUUCUGUCACCUGUGGAGGAGGAGUGCAGCAACGUAGCCGGCUUUGCGACAACCCCACACCCCAGUUUGGAGGCAAGGACUGUAUUGGUGAUGUGACGGAAAACCAGAUCUGCAACAAGCAGGAUUGUCCAGUUGAUGGAUGUCUGUCCAACCCCUGUUUUGCUGGUACCAAGUGUACCAGCUUCCCCGACGGCAGCUGGAAAUGUGGUGCUUGCCCCCCUGGUUAUAGAGGAAACGGCACCCACUGCCAAGAUGUUGAUGAGUGCAAACUAGUGCCUGAUGCCUGCUUCCACCAUAAUGGAGAACACAGGUGUAAGAACUCAGACCCUGGCUACCACUGCCUGCCCUGCCCACCUCGCUUCACUGGCUCGCAGCCCUUUGGUCAGGGUGUUCAACAUGCCACUGCCAACAAACAGGUGUGCAAGCCCCGCAACCCCUGCACGGACGGGACACAUGACUGCAACAAGAACGCCAUGUGCAACUAUCUCAGCCCUUACAGCGACCCCAUGUACCGCUGCGAGUGCAAGCCUGGCUAUGCUGGGAAUGGCAUCAUCUGUGGGGAGGACACAGACCUGGACGGCUGGCCCAAUGAAGACCUGAUCUGUGUGGCCAAUGCAACUUACCACUGCAAAAAGGAUAAUUGCCCCAACCUUCCCAACUCAGGGCAGGAAGACUACGACAAAGAUGGAAUUGGUGAUGCCUGUGAUGAUGAUGAUGACAAUGAUAAAAUUCCAGAUGUUUCGGACAACUGCCCAUUCCAUUACAACCCAGCCCAGUAUGACUAUGACAGAGAUGAGGUGGGAGACCGCUGUGACAACUGCCCCUACGACAGCAACACAGAUCAGGCUGACACAGACAACAAUGGGGAAGGAGAUGCCUGUGCUGCAGACAUUGAUGGGGAUGGUAUCCUCAAUGAAAGAGACAACUGCCAGUAUGUGCACAACGUUGACCAGAGGGAUACUGAUAUGGAUGGGGUUGGAGAUCAGUGUGAUAACUGCCCCCUGGAACACAAUCCGGAUCAGCUGGACUCUGACUCAGACCUCAUUGGAGACACCUGUGACAACAAUCAGGAUAUUGAUGAAGAUGGCCACCAGAACAACCUGGACAACUGUCCCUAUGUGGCCAACGCCAACCAGGCCGACCAUGACAAAGAUGGCAAGGGUGACGCCUGUGACCCCGAUGAUGACAAUGACGGAAUUCCUGACAACAGGGACAACUGCAGGCUUGUGCCCAAUCCUGACCAGAAGGACUCUGAUGGUGAUGGUCGAGGUGAUGCUUGCAAAGAUGAUUUUGACCAUGACAGUGUGCCAGACAUUGAUGACAUCUGUCCUGAGAAUGUUGAUAUCAGUGAGACAGAUUUCCGCCGAUUCCAGAUGAUUCCUCUAGAUCCUACAGGGACAUCCCAAAAUGAUCCUAACUGGGUUGUGCGCCAUCAGGGUAAAGAACUCGUCCAGACUGUUAACUGUGAUCCGGGGCUUGCUGUCGGUUACGAUGAGUUCAAUGCUGUGGACUUCAGUGGCACGUUCUUUAUCAACACUGAGAGGGAUGACGACUAUGCCGGAUUUGUGUUUGGCUACCAGUCCAGCAGCCGCUUCUAUGUUGUGAUGUGGAAGCAGGUCACCCAGUCCUACUGGGACAGCAAGCCCACGAUGGCUCAGGGGUACUCAGGUCUUUCUGUGAAAGUUGUGAACUCCACCACAGGGCCUGGUGAGCACCUGCGGAAUGCUCUGUGGCACACAGGAGACACCCCCGGCCAGGUGAGAACCCUGUGGCAUGAUCCUCGUAAAGUUGGCUGGAAAGAUUUCACCGCCUACAGAUGGCGUCUCAGCCACAGGCCAAAGACAGGCUUCAUUAGAGUGGUGAUGCAUGAAGGGAAGAAACUCAUGGCUGACUCAGGCCCCAUCUAUGACCAAACCUAUGCUGGUGGCCGGCUAGGGUUGUUUGUCUUCUCUCAAGAAAUGGUGUUCUUCUCUGACCUGAAAUACGAAUGCAGAGAUUCCUAAUCAUCAACCUGUCAAUCAGAAAACUGAUCAUAACCAAUGCUAGUAUUGCACCUUCUGGCACCGUGGGCUUGAGAAAACCCCCAGGAUCACUCCUCCCUGCCUUCCUCUUCUCUCUGCUUGCAUCAGCAUGGACUCCUAGAACAUGUGAGCUGCCUCAAGAAAAUGCAGUUUUCAAAACCAGACUCAGCCUUUAGCCUCCAAUGAAUGAGAAGACAUCUUCUAAAAAUAUAAACAAUUACUUUCAGUUUGCUUUUGAAAAAGUAAAAGCAUCUCCUAAUUUUGGUUGGAAAAGUGCCUGCUCUCUGCUUCUGUCACAGGGCAGGAUGCUAUUGUAAGGCCAUCUCUGAGCAGUGGACUCAAAAGCAUUUUCAGGCAUGUGAGAGAAGGGGGGACUCUUUAGAAUGAGCAAACAAAACCAUCCCUGACUUACUCCCUCAGGAAUAGGGGGAGCACAAGGGGGGCGUGGUGGGGGUAUGUACCCAAGAGACGAUUGUAUAAAGAAAAUAUGGAGGAACUGUUACAUGUUUGGUACUAAAUCAUUUUCAGGGGAUUGAAAAAACUAUUGCUGGAUUUCAUGAUGCUGACCAGUUGUUAGCUGAUUAACCCAUGUUAAUAGGCACUUAAAUAGAAGCAGGAAGGGAGGGGAAAGACUGGCUUCUGGACUUUCUCCCUGCCCCCCAGCCCUUACAUAUCACCUGCAGUGGCCAGAGUAGGGACUCAGAAUUUAACCAGUGUAAGGCAGUGCUGGCUGCCAUUGCCUGGUCACAAUGAAAUUGUUGGUUUUAUUCCAGAUGUAGCUUGUGCGGAUGUAGCAGGAAAAUCGGGAAACCUACCAUCUCAGUGAGCAUGCACUGCCUCCCAAAGGAGGGGCAGCUGUGCUUAUAUUUUUAUGGUUAGAAAGGCACAAAAUUAUUAUCAACUUAACUAAAACAUUCCUUUUCUCUCUUUUUUCCUGAGUAUCAUGGAGUCUUCCAAUUCUCUCUUUUGGACUGUAGAUUUUUUUUUUUUUUUAACAAAUGCUUUACGAUGUAGAAUAUUUAUUUUUUAGCUAUUCUGGAGGAUCUGACUGAAGGACUAUUCAUGGAACAAGAAGAACCAUAAGGACUAUCCAUAUCAUCUUUGUUAAGAGUCUUCAUGACUGUAAGAUUGUAAAUACAAAUUAUUUAUUAACUCUGUUCUACCUGGAAUUUAGGCUUCAUAUGGAAAAUGUUUGAGAUCAGGUAGUUGAGAUUUGUCAGCAAAUCUUCCCUAAGGAUGGCACAAGAAAAGCAGCAACCAGGGCUGCUCAUUACUUUGUGCUUAGAGUGAAUGGUUUGGGAUUUUUCUUUGCUUUGUUUGUUAUGUCUUUCCAAGUUGAAUUAGUUGAUUGUACAUUUGCAAGUAUUUUUAGUUUGCAAAGAAAGCCAUGAGGCCUUUACAUACCGUUUUAUCCCCAACCCUUGUGCCUAUUUCCAGAGAGAGAAAAGCAUAUUACUUUUUGUUUUUUCAUUUCUCCAAAAAAGAAAAAAAAAUAA